AUGUCUUCCUGGCUCGAGUCUCCGUUUCAACGCCUCAAAUUCUCUAUUUACUGUCUACUCUCUUCACCAGAGCCAAGCAGUGUCCGCCGAUUCAAAUUCGGCAUUCCUCUUGUCAUGAAGCGCACCGCACGAUCUGUGUCCACGGAAGCAGAUGCUCUUGCUUUUCUCAACUCUACAGGGCUCGAUCUCCCUAUACCGCGUCUGUUCGACACAAUUCAUCUCGGGGAAGAAACGUACACGAUCAUGACGCGUCUUCCUGGAGUACAUCUACGCCACCUGCUCAUGGAUGACACGAUAGCCAUCGAAGAUUUUCAAAAUAUCGUCGACGAUAUCCUCGCUGUACUCCAAAAGCUCUGGACCCUCCGACAACCACCUUGCGACUCCGGCAAAGUCAUGCUCAGUGCCAGCGGACACGGUCUGCCGGAUGGGUCGAAUUUCAAAGACACACAUUACGGGCCCUGUCCCUCCAUCCUCGACUGCUACGUACGGAUCACCGGGCACUUCAGGGUCCCCGGCGAUCCUCCGUGGUCUGGAGACGUGCUCACUUCGAAACAUCCCGACCUGGUCCAGGCUGUCACAUCCGACCGCGUCGCUUGGGUCGCUGGCGAUCUCCGGCCACACAACAUCCUGAUCGUGGAUGGCAGGCUGAGCGGAAUUAUUGAUUGGGAGGAUUCUGGGUGGCUGCCCCUCCACUGGCAGUUGCAUACGCUUCGUAACUUCUGCUGGGGAAAUCCCAGAGACUACUGUGAUCUGUGGAGGAAGGUGAAGUUUCCGCAGGAGACGGAAGAGGCGUUUGACGCGUCGUGCAAGUUGAUUCAAUACCACGUCGUUUAGGCGCGUGGAUAUAUUCUCGUUUUGCUCUCAUUUUCUGCCCGACUUACGGUAUGCGUCAGUUUAUCAGGAUCGUUUGAUUUCUGGAUGUGAUCUAUAUGUGCGGACAUCACAAUGCGUUGGUGGGUGAGGGUUCGAAACCUCGGUGGUGUCUUUGUUUCAUUGGCGGUUCCUUCUUCGGUCGAGUUUGUUACUAGUUCUUUGAACGAGCUUUUUUGACACGGUCUUUUAUGCUCUCUUCCCUGCUUUCAUCCCUGCUUUCAAGUUCCGUUCACGUGUAUGUACUUAUU